UGCCAUGCCCGUCGGGAAAGGGUUAAGAAGACUUCCAUAUGAACUGAAUAACUGUGUACCUUAAUUCAAAAACAUGAAAUGUACUACAUUUAUAAUAUUCAAUAAUUUUAUAGCAUCUUUCUUCAUAUAAAAACAUACACUGAUAAUGGAGAUACCUAGUAACAAAUCAUAUAGUCUUGCCACAUAACAGAAGACUUCCAUAUCUUAUCUCUAGAUCUUAGUGAUAUGUUAUAAGUUCUAAUCACUAGACUUUGCAAGAUAACUCAGACUUUAGUGCUGAACAUAAUACAGUACAUUCCAGGUUAAAAUUUAAUUAGAGUUAUAGUAGAUUUACUAUUGAAGUGUUUCUUACUGUAAAAGUCAGACUGUGAAGUGGGUGUCCAGAACUAUUUUUCAACUGAUGGAAGAAUUAAAAAAGUACACAAUACCAUGUCAGCACAUAAAAAGCUAAUGAUAAAGUACUUGUUCCUUAUAAUUAUAACAUUAAACCAUAUGACAUCCUCUGCAGGAACAAAGAGCAACAACACCUGUAGAAAUAAUGUGCAUGUUUACAACAAACUGAAAAUCAAGCUAAAACUCCUUAUAUCAGAAUUCUCACAGCCUAAACAAGUCUGGGUACAGAUUAUUGGACAGUUAUAUUCUAUUAUGGAUGAAACACCCCUGAGACCUGCAGUUAUAAUAAUUGCUGUUCCUCAAGAUACAAAACGAGAGAGUAUGUGUUUUGUUCAGCAUAUUUCUGAGAGUGUUGCUGCUGCAUUUGAUGAUUCAUCAUAUAUAGUCUACAAUGCCAAGAGUGAUAGUCACUUGGAUCCACUUAUGAUGAAGCAAAUUUUGGAUUCUAAACUUCAACAACUACAAACUUCUCACGUUGCAAUAAUCAAUGGCAUUGAGUCAAUUCCAGGCAAUGCUUCAUUGAUUCUUCAUGGUUACUGUGAUAAUGACAAUGCACCUUAUAAGCAGAGUCUCAUCUUUCUAAUACUCAAUCUCCCAAUGCAAUAUGCAGCUCUACAAGAGGAAAAACUGGACAAACUUACACUGCAAAUAACUAUUGAACUAGCAUCAAGCAACAAUAUUCUGGAUAUGCAGAUUCAGCAUAUUUAG